GGGAACGUGCGUAUGCUCCAACCAAUAAUAGAAUGGAGGAAGUGACGUCGACGGAAAUACAAGGGAAGUUCGGCAAACGCUGAGCCUGAGCAGCCCUCUGGCGUUUGUGGGUGGAGUAGGAGGCAAAGAUGUCGGAGCGAAAAGUUUUAAACAAAUACUACCCCCCCGACUUUGACCCGUCAAAGAUCCCCAAGCUCAAGCUCCCCAAAGACCGGCAGUACGUGGUGCGGUUGAUGGCUCCCUUCAACAUGAGGUGUAAGACGUGCGGAGAGUAUAUCUACAAGGGUAAGAAGUUCAACGCGCGGAAGGAGACGGUGCAGAACGAGGCCUACCUGGGUUUGCCCAUCUUCCGCUUCUACAUCAAGUGCACGCGGUGCUUGGCGGAGAUCACCUUCAAGACAGACCCAGAGAACACGGACUACAGCAUGGAGCACGGAGCCACCCGGAACUUCCAGGCGGAGAAGCUCCUGGAGGAGGAGGAGAAGCGGGUGCAGAAGGAGCGAGAGGACGAGGAGCUGAACAACCCCAUGAAGGUGCUGGAGAACCGAACCAAGGACUCCAAGCUGGAGAUGGAGGUGCUGGAGAACCUGCAGGAGCUGAAGGACCUGAACCAGCGGCAGGCGCACGUGGACUUCGAGGCCAUGCUGCGCCAGCACCGCCUGUCCGACGAGGAGCGGCAGCAGCAGCAGCAGGAGGAGGACGAGAGGGAGACCGCGGCCCUGGUGGAGGAGGCUCGGAAACGAAGGCUGUUGGAGGACUCGGAUUCCGAAGAGGACACGGCUGCCCCCGCGCCCCCACGCCUGGCCGCGAGGCCCAACCCCACCGCCAUCCUGGAGGAGGCUCCAAAAGCCAAGAGGAAGGCAGAGAGCUGGGACCGGAGCAUCGGCACCCUUGGCAGCAGGCCCCCGCUGUCGGGCCUAGUCGUGGUGAAGAAAACAGACCUGGGUCGCAGCACUGGGCAGGGCCAGGCAUCACCCACACAGGGCCCCGUGAAGACUGGGAAGGCGGCUGACCCUGCGCCCUGGACGCCUGGCACCUCCUCCCUGAGCCAGCUGGGGGCAUAUUCGGACAGUGAGGACAGCAGCGGCAGCAACUGAGACCCCUGCCCAAGCCUUUCUCCGGGUCAAGGUCACAUGUCCCUAGUCAGCUGCUGGUUGCCAGGAGGCCUUGGCACCAACCAGAGCCCUGAGCGGAUAAACACAAAUGACCUCAGGCUGGCGGGGCCAGCGGGGGCUUCCGCCACUGGACUCAGUUUCUCCCCCGGCCUCCCACCUACCAGCCGUCGGGGGCCUCGGGGUCCCCGGCUCACACUGCCGCCCUCCUGGCCCUCCCGGGGACUGUGGCCUCCCAGUACGGCCCUCGGCUGCCGGCAGGCCUUUGUGGAACUCCGCGGCCUGCCUUGGACGGCAGGGAGGGGCGGGCAGUGUUUGGGCCCCGCCCCCUUCGGCCCCGCCCACCCCGGUUAGCCCCGCCCCUCCUGCCGCAAACCCGGAAAACCAAUAAAAGGGUUGCUGCCUGGCCCCUGAGGACUGAGGACGGCCCUGGAGGCGCACGCGGAGCUGCUCCGGCCUCCUCGCCCUCGGAGGCCGGGACGUGAUGAGGGUGAUUUGUGGUGUAGAGAGCUGACGUGGUCACGUGACCCGGAGCCCCGGUUCCAAAGCCCGCGUCCUUGCGAGGCUGCCGGGUCUCGUCUUCAGAGCCCCCUGGUCGGCGGUCCUGGCUCCCCCCAGACCCCUUCACACCGCGACGCCCCCAGUCUCCUCCCUCCUCACGUGCGCGCGUACUCGCAUUUGAUAACGAGGCUUUGUGCUUCUCGCUGUCAGUUUGCCAGAUGAAAAGGCCUCACUUUUUUAUUAGAAAAAAUCUUUUUUAACGUUUA